CGUUAGUAAGUUUUCGUCAGUACACUAAAACUAAAACCUAUUAUUUCAACGCUUAGUUUCCUUAAUUAUGCUGCAAUCUUACCGAUAUUGCCAGAACUAUGGUUAGGCGAAUUCAUGAGAGCAAAACAAAACAAGAACAAAAUAUUUGGGCCAAUAAACUGAUCAUGGAUUUUGACAGUCCGGAUGUGGAGAAAGAUUUCCCAGGGUUAUAUGCUUCUGAAGGUGGAGACGGAAAAUCGAAAAAAAGCAAAGAGGAUAGUGAUUAUAGCGAAGGUGACCAUGAUAAAUUAAGUAAAAAGGAUUUGCUUAUCGGCAGACGGAAGGAUAAGAAGGAUAAGGGCAAGGAUCGAGGUUAUGCCGCGUUAGAGGGAGAGAGUUCUCCAGAAGAGGAUUUAGAUGCAAAAAGUCCAUCGAAGUCCAAAAAGUCGAAAACAUUCAAAUUUAGCUCUUCUAAAAGUAAAGAGAAGCGUGAAAAGUCGCGUGAUAAAGAAAAGUCGGAAAAGGAGUCGCGGGAGGAAGAAAAGCCAAAAGAAAAGGAAAAGACUGAGAAGGAAAAGGAGUAUAAGAAGAAGGAUAAAGAUCGUAAGGAAAAGAAAGAAAAAUCGAAAGAUAAGGAUAAGGAUAAAGAUAAAAAGGAUAAAAAGGCUAAACAAAUAAGCAAUGCAUCUGAAGAAGUACUUGAAUUGGGAGAUGUGCAACCUGUUUUCGGGGUUUCAAUCAGCCUCGCUACAGAACGAAGCCGUUGUCAUGAUGGCGUUGAUUUGCCACUUGUGGUGCGUGAUUGCGUUGAUUACCUUCAGGAGCAUGCACUCAAAAGUGACCAAAUAUAUAAAGUGGAGCCGUUGAAGACACGCAUCCAACAUUAUAAACGAUUAUAUAACAAUAGAGAACGACAACCAGAAACAGAUGAAUUGGAUAUACCAACUGCCUGCGCGUUGCUGAAAUUGUUCUUACGUGAAUUACCUGAACCAAUUUUGACCACAGAUCUGAUAUCCCGUUUUGAGGAGGCAGCAUCGAUUAACCCGCUCAGCAAACAACAGGAGGAGCUAAAACAAUUGCUUGAACUACUGCCCAGUUGCAACAGAACUCUGCUCACUUGGAUACUACUCCACUUUGAUGCCGUCAUUCAACAUAGCAAAAAUAAUAAACUAACACCUGAGUCGUUGGCAAUGCUGUUAAGUCCACCUAUGCAGAUGUCACACCGGCUGCUGGUAGCGUUGUUAUCUCAGAGUGGAGUUUUGUUUGCAAAUGUAUCUCUUAUCAAAUAUGUGCCCCCGAUAACAUCAAGUCCAAAACUCCCAGAAACUCCGGAAGAUAUUCAAGUGGAGCUACGCAAGCAGGAAAGCUUACUAGCACAAAUCCAUUCAGAAAUGAAUGCUGGUUUUGUUUCGAAGAAACGCGAAGAACAACUAUGGGAAGUGCAACGCAUUAUUACACAACUUAAACGCAAAUUACGCAGCUUUGAGAAACGUCAGGACAAGUCAAUUGAAGAUUCACAAAGCAGCAGUACAAGUGUCAUACCAAAUAUCAGUGGCACAACUGACUCAAAGACCCAGCAACAACAACCGCAGAGCACAGUUACGCAACUGGAUAAUAGUUCGGUUAAACCUCUCACGAAACUCGGGUUAACAGAAGAAGAUACUCAGCAUGCCAAUAACGUUAAGCUUACUGAAUCGCCUGAACCAACAGCGGUAAAGGAUUCAUUACACCAAGAUAUUGCACAUAAUGAGAUUACACCCGCUAUACAAGAAGAACAACGAAAAGUCGCCCAAAAGGAGCAAUCGCCACUCGCCGUUGAUGGUUCACAUCCUGACGGAUUUUACAUUGAUGAAGAUUCUUCAUUUCUAAUGGUGCCUAAGUCACAUCCCGACUACUCUCAACUAAUUCGGUUACAAUUAGAAAAUCAGGAAUUGCUCGCGUGGAAGGUGCAAUUACAGGCACGUAUUACUGCCGAACGAGCGGAAGUACUGCGGCUUAAACAACAACAUCAACAACUCGUUACAUCAGUGGCAAAGAAGAAUAAUAAUGCCAAUAAAGCCGCUGUGACUUCAGACGAUGUGCCCGGUGGCGACGUUGAAUACGAAAAAAUAAUAGAGCAUUAUAUACGCGAGAACACUUUAUUGGAACACAAAAAGCAAAUGCUCGCCAAAGAGAUAUUUGAUGAGCGGCGCGAAUGUAUUGAUAUGCAAGUAGAGUUGGAGCUACAAAAAUUUUAAGUUUAGCCAACAAAUGAUCAAAUUUAGAUGAUAUGUAUGUAUAUGCUUAUAUUUGUUAGAGAAUAUGCAUUUACGCAUCUGUAUUUUGUGAAUUGCUAGGUACAUUUAUUAGUACCUAUAAAAUCUAAAUUCAAAAGUAUUUAUGUUUCCUGCUACAAGUUAAAGGUAUUCAUGCUUUUUGCUUUAAAUUUUUUUCAUUUAAAGCCUUAUUAAUAAGCACGGUGAUUUUGGAGAUUUUGAAUAAAAGGUUUUCAGAGCCGAUCGAAUUCUAUUCGAUAAAAUAAUAUACAGUACUAUCUCGAUAAUCCGGACACCCUUAAUGUUAGGGGUCGUCCGGAUUAUGGGGGUGCCCGGAUUAUAGAUGAUUUUUGUUUUUCAACUAAACGUUGUUUUUUUGAAAUGAACAUAACGCAAUUCAGAUAUAUGUAUGUACAUAAAUAGUUUUAUUAAAUACAGUACAAUCAUACUUACAUAAUAAUAUGUACAUCUGUACAUAAUCAAACAUUUUUUUUAUUUAGUAUGUACUAUUUCAUUUUACAUUUAGUCGCGAAUUUUCUAAUGGCAUCACGUUUCUUUUUUAUGUCAAAAACAGUAGAUUUGUUGACACCAAAUUCUGUUUCAAACCAUCUUAAUGAUUUUCCUUUAUCAAGGAGAUCUAAAAUGUCACAUUUUUUCUGAAGAGUAAGGGUUUUAUGAGCCCUUUUAUUAAAUUUUCCACUGCUCAUAAUAAUAAUGUCCACUCAAUUCAGUUUGUCACUAAAGAAUAAACACAACGCGUGAUUUAUGCUGUUGCAUUUCGUAUACAUAUAUUGUUGUUAAAGUACCGCUAUUUUACGAAAAACUCACAAAGCAAACUAAAAUUUAAAAUACAUAUGUAUGUACAUAGUGCGAAGCAAAUUUGAAAAAUGUCCGGAUUAUAGAGUAAAAAAUGUUAAACUGUCCGAAUUAUGCAGUUGUCCGGUGAUAGAUGUGACCGGACUACCGCGUGUCCGGAUUAUCGAGAUAGUACUGUAGUUCUAUAAAAAAAUGGAGAACAUUGCUAUUAAUUAUUAAUUAUCUAAAUGUAUUAUCUACAAAAAUAAAAAUACAAGCUAUAAAUUAAUUGAAAAUAAGUGUUUGUUUUACAAAGUCGCAAAGCCCGUUUUC